AGAAAAAUGUGUCAGCCAGUGAGAAGGGCCUUCACGGUUGAUUCGGUGGAAGAUUCCCUCCACCUUCUCCAUCCAUGACUUGCAGGUCUUCCCCGACCCGGGCCGGGUCUUUUUUAGAUCUAUAAAUUCCCAUUUCUCGGGAGAUUAUCAGUAUUUGCAUCAAAAGAUGACAACUUCUUCGGGUGAAAACAGCACUUGUUCUCUGUCUCAACUUGCUCCUGUUGAGGCAGUGCUAUUUGAUGUUGAUGGAACUUUGUGCGAUACAGAUCCCCUCCACUAUUGUGCUUUCCGUGAAAUGCUUCAGGAGAUUGGCUUCAAUGGUGGCGUCCCAAUUGAUGAGGAAUUCUUUAUCAAGAAUAUUGCUGGAAGGCACAAUGAUGAUAUUGCUUCUAUUCUUUUCCCUGAUGAUUAUGAAAGGGGUCUAAAAAUUUGUGAUGACAAGGAAGUUAUAUUCAGAAGGUUGGCUAAGGAGCAGUUGAAACCUGUAAAUGGUUUGUACAAAUUGAAAAAAUGGAUAGAAGACCGUGGUCUGAAACGAGCUGCUGUUACCAAUGCUCCGAGACCAAAUGCUGAACAGAUGAUCUCGACUCUUGGACUGUCAGAUUUCUUUCAUACUGUAGUUCUUGGAAGUGAUUGUGAACAUGCUAAACCAUUCCCGGACCCCUACUUGAAGGCGCUUGAAAUUCUCAAUAUCUCCAAGAAUCACACAUUUGAUUCUGUUUCGGGAAUAAAAGCUGGGGUUGCGGCAGGGAUGCCUGUUGUUGGCUUGAUGACAGCAAAUCCUGCACACUUGCUGAUGGGAGCAAAGCCUACUUUUAUAAUUAAAGAUUAUGAAGAUCCAAAGCUUUGGGCCACUUUGGAAGAGCUUGAUAGAAUUGGUGGUGUGACAAAAGGUGCAACUUAAACCAUACAUAUAUUGCUUAUGAACCGGGGAGAAUACCCUCUAUCAAGUUAAGUUCGGUUUGAUGGCUAUUUUGUAGGAGAGUUUUCUGAUUUAUCUCGUUUUGUCAUUUUGGACCUCAGUACAAAAUUGGCAUGAUCUAGUGGAUCAGUAUUGAAAUUCUCAAGUCGAAUAAUAAUUUGGGGUUUGUAGUCAUGUUAUGAUUUUUGAGAACUUUUUCCCAUCUAUAAAAUGCAAUAACUUUUUAUGAACUUGAGUUGGCAGAAAAAACUUCAUGGAAACCCUCAUGGCUAAUUAUGUCACACGCCAUGGUAAAAACUUGAAUGUGUUCGUGUAGAUUUUUUGUAGCCUUCUCGCUGAACCUGAUGUCUUGAUGAUUUUGAAAGAGAUUUAUGACAUUUGGUCGAAUGUGGAAGUUAGCUUGUCCAAAAGGCGGAUAAAUGAUCCGAGGUUGAAUUGGUGCUGGCAUUGGAUUUAUAUAAUCUUUCAGUGAAGCUUCUCCAUGAUUUGCUAUUGCCCUUGGUUGAUCUCGUUAGGGUAAUGGUAAAGGAUUUUGAACUUAA